UUAAAUGUCAAAAGUUUCGUAAAGUUUUUGGAAUUCCGUAGCCGUGCUAGUGAUUAGUGAUUUAUCUAUGUUUAUUUCGUUUUUUAACCUUCAUUAUGUAUGAUUGAGUGCUUAGUAAUUAGUGAAACAUACAAUCAUCACAUAAUAAGUGGUUAUCGGUGUGAUAAAUCCAAGUGGGCGGGGCUCCAAGAUGCCGCGGAAGCUGCUGAAGUUCCUGAUCGUGUUUGACAACACGUCGCUGCUGUACUUCCCAGGGCAGUUCCUGUCUGGGAAGGUGCUUAUGGAACUGCAGGAUGACACUCCUGUACUUGGGCUACACUUUCAUGUAGUAGGCGAGGGAGUGGUCCGCGUGGGCUCCGGGCGCCACGAGCGGCUCUUUGACAAAGAAAACUACAUUGACUUCAGGAUGCGACUGCUUGGUGAACCAGGAAACGGCGCCUCAGUCCUCUCCCCCGGCAUCCAUAGCUUCCCCUUCAAGCUGGGGCUGCCGCAGGGGCUGCCCUCCACGUUCCUGGGCACGCACGGCUGGGUGCAGUACUACUGUAAGGCGGCGCUGCGCGAGCCCAACGGCCUCACCCACAAGAACCGCCAAGUGUUUAUUGUCUGCAACCCGAUCGAUCUUAAUUUGGAGCCUCCAGUUCUCUCGCAAGAAUUCGAAUGCAGCGUGGAGCACCGCCUCGGCGUGGGCUGCGUGGGCGGCGGCAGCGUGGCGUGCCGCGUCACGCUGGACCGCGGCGCCUACGUGCCCGGCGAGACCAUCGCCCUGAGUGCCGCCCUGGCCAACCACUCCCGGACCACUAUACGCGGGACCCGCGCUACUCUCACGGAGACAAUCCAAUACUCAGCUCACGGCAAAGUGUGCGCGAAGGAAGUGCGCGAGCUGGCCGCCCUGACGCGCGGCAAGGUGCGGCCCGGCGGCACCGACACGUGGCGGCGCGAGCUGCUGUACAUCCCGCCGCUGCCGCCCACCAACCUGCGCGGCUGCCAUCUCAUACAAGUGCAGUACGACGUGUUUUUCAUAAUCGAGCCGAAGAGCCUGGAGAAGGAAGUGAAACUACAGCUCCCGAUCCUCCUCGGCACGUACCCCUUCGCUUCAGAGCGAGACUCUGCUCCUCCCCCCAUCUACCCCAGCACGCUGCCCAUCUUCCGACCCUGGCUCGCCGAGAAACCACAACAUUGACACAACAAACAACAACUCCUGGGGUUACUGGGUACCUAGGUACUUACCUCUUCUCGUCUAAAUAGGAGUCAGUCAUAUGGCUGAAUGUUGCCCAUCUUUCGCCCAUGGCUGGCUGAGAAAAUGCAGAAUUAAAUCUUAUGACGACAUCUAUAUCGGCAUUGGCAAUGCAUAUGUCUGUCAUAUGCAGUUGAAGACGCUGGCAAAUACUGGGUACAUACUCGUUCGUGUUUCAACGGAACUUCUUAUUAACUUCUUUUCACUCAUAACGAUAAGGCCGUCUUUUCGGUAGCCCACAACCGCUUAAAAGAACAAUAGCUUUGAAUAAACACAUUCACUGCCAGCACAAGCUUAGCCGAUAAAACGCAUUUUCCAUUUUGUAGCGAGAAGCGCCUACUACCAGAGAACCCGCCUAGCUGGUCUGUAUCCAGUUACACUAUAACUAAAUCUAGGAAUCGAAAUCUAGAUCUGUACUGUCUGGGUACAUGCUCAAAAAAUUCUUAAACUAAAUUAAACCAUUAUUUUAUUGCGACGAAUUGACUUUUUAUUUCGACUUAUUUCUAAUGUACUACUAUUUUGUAAUUUAAUUCCUCGCAAUAAAUGUUGAUGUGUUUUAUUUUUGACUACGUUUUUUUAUUUUCAAUUAUGAAACGUACUUUAAUAUGGAAAUGCAUAAUAAAUACGCUUAGGUUUUAUGUAAGCUAUAAAUACACAAACGCCGCAAUAUGUACUUUGCGUCUAUUUCAAACGUCUUAACCCUUUGACGGCCGUUCGUCAUAUAAGAAAUGUCACACACACGUACUAUAUUACUAGUACACGAUUCAAGACUGUCAAUAAAAGUUUACCUUCAUUGAAAGCAUGAAUGUUACUUUGAGAGAGCUCGACAAUUUUAAGGGUUCUUGGCAUUCAAAGGAUUAAGUAGGUAUUUGUAAAGAUUUAAUUUUUGUAUUUUCACAUAUUGGCGGCGCACUUUCCCACUUAUAAAUGACUUUUGUGCCAUCACAUUACUGCAGUUAUUUUUAUUAUUUAACACUUGUUUAUUAUGUCGUUUAACAAUGAAUUUUAUAUGUUUUAUGUUUUUAUGAAUGCUCUCGAAUAUUCGCAAUAAUUACAGGUACUUUUAAGGUAUAAAAAUUGGAGUAUAUGGAGUUAGGUUUAAGAUUCGUGUUAUUUACGUUCUGAAUAUGAUAUUUUAUUACUAUAAAAGUAAAAAUGUAUUUUUAAUAUAACAGUUUAUACGACUAACCUGUGAUAAACCAGUCCGUCCAGUGUAAUAAUUAUGAUCUAUGAAAAUAAAAUAUACUUUUAAGGAA